AUGGGCUAUGACGAGCUCGAGGAACUCCAAUCAUGGUCUCCGGCUAUAAACUGGGUCGUCGUCCUUGGCUUCGCCGCGGUAUUCGGUGUGCUGCUGUGGUUCCUCGGCGGGAACAGGAUUGUGAAGCGUUUCGCUGCCGGGCGGGGUCGGGGCUUGUACAGGCGUGUGAACGAGAAUGAUGUCGAGAAGCUGGAGGACUAG